AUGUGCACCAAACUUCAAAAUUUCAGACAUGCUGUGGUUCUUUCUAGUUAUGAUAUUAUUAUUAUCAUUGAAACGUGGCUUACUUCUAAAAUCUUAGAUGCUGAAUUGGGAUUGAGUGACUUUAAUGUGUAUAGGCACGACAGAUACACUCAAACUAGUUCGAAGACUCGUGGUGGUGGUGUCCUUAUUGCUAUCCAUAAGUGCCUUCAUUCAAUGAUGGUUAAGCCUAUCGAUUCCUCUGUGGAACAUGUAUUUGCACAGGUCAUGUGUGCUACUAGAAAGUUAAUCAUUGGUGCUGUGUACUUUCCUCCACUGUCAUCUGGGUCAUUAUAUGAGGAGCAUUCCACCUGUAUAUUGGACUUAGCAGAUAGAUUCAGUGACUGUGAGUUCUGUAUUUGUGGUGACUACAACCUACCUGAGGCAUCCUGGUAUAAUCUUAAUGAUGGUGUAACAGUUGAGUGUCCUCAACACUAUCCAGCAAAUAUUGUUUGUACUUGCUACAAUUUUCUUAAUACGUCACAAGUAAAUACUUUGCCUAACCUUAAUAAUAAAUUUUUAGAUCUAGUUUUUUGUACGCAGAGGGAUGCAGUUGUAUCGAUUUCUACUGAUAUUCUAUUGAAUACUUCUCAACAUCAUUCAGCUUAUACUAUAUUGUUACCUGCAGCUAAUUUAAAUUUAUUUCUUAAAUAUGAUGUCUUUUAUCAUGAUUUUAAAAAAUGUAAUUAUCAGGUUUUAAAUGAACAUUUAGCAUCAAUUCCUUGGAACGAGGUAUUAGAUGUAUCAGAUAUUAAUUGCUGCAUAGAAAAUUUUUACCAUAUUUUAUAUGACGCCAUCAAUAUGUUUGUUCCUGUCAAUCGGUUUAAGUCAUUGAACUUUCCAGUUUGGUUUUCACGAGAAUUGAUUGAACUUGUCAUACAGAAAAAAAUAGCUCACCGGAAUUUUAAAGCAUCAGGCAACUCAUAUGAGGAAUUUUCAGUGUUAAGGGAAAGAUGUAAAUCAUUACAAGCAGUAUGUUAUAAAAACUAUUUAGAGAAUAUUCAAGCAAAUCUUUCAAGCGAUCCCCGCUCUUUUUGGAGACAUGUUAAUGCUACACGAGGGUCUAACGCUUAUCCUAAUGUAAUGUCUAAUGAAGGUGGGGAUGUAAUUCAGUGUGGUGAGGAAAUAGUCAAUAUAUUUGCCAAUUAUUUUUCGGGUACAUAUAAUAAUAGUGAGUAUAAUUUACCUAACUUUGAUUUAGAGUACAGUGUAGAUGUCCAAACUCUGGAAUUUAGUCUGACAGAUGUUUUUGAGGGAAUUAUGAGUGUAAAAACUACAUAUUCGUCAGGGCCUGAUGGUAUACCUGCAGCACUUAUUAAGAACUGUAUGUUUUCCCUUUGUAAACCUUUACAACAAAUUUUCAAUUUAUCAUUGUCAUCAUCUAUAUUUCCACAUUAUUAUAAAUUAUUGUAA